AGAUGAGGACAUGGCUGGUGGUGAUGACGAUCACGCUCGUCGAGUUGAGCAUGUUGGAGCGCGACGAGGGAGCAAGCACGAAACCCCCGAUGAGCUUGUCGGAACUUCUUCACGUCCUGAGAGACCGAUCGAAGAUGCUGAGAAGAUGGCCGCUGAACAGACCGCCAUGGCAGCUGGGGGCGGAACUUGAGGAGCUCUACAGAGACUGUGGAGAGGAUUCACGUUUUGGGGGGCUUCAGAUCUUAGGGGACAUCGACGACGAGACUUACGUGAAGUCAACGCCGUUUUAUUCGCUGUAUCAGCGAUACAUGACGAUGGGGCCAGACAAUGUGUCGUAUAUUGAUGAGUCCGUCGGAAUGUUCACUCACGCAGAGCUGGCGAGAUACAGAUGUCCUGGAAACGGACCGAUCAGGAAGAUCUCAGUAGAGGAGCACGACGCCUGGGUUGAUCAGUGGCACGAGCGAAUUGCAAAGAUGGCGCCGGAGGAUUCGUCAGGGCUACCGAAGCACAUGAUCUUUGAUCCUCGCCAAUCGCAUUACCUCAAGAGCUUCUCGGGUCACAGCGCAAAGAAUCAGCAUGGUGAUUGUGUGUGGGAGCAACAAGAAGCUGAGAUGUGUCAAGGCGAGUUCAUGGCAGAGCCUGACGUGCUCUUCGGACAAGUGCCUGGAUGGAUGUCAAGAUUGGAGCUGGACGAAAAGAUGCGCGUCUUCGAUGCCCGCAUGUUGGCUGACAUGCGGCCGGCACUGGAGCGGAGAAACAUUACCGCGAUGCUGGAGACAGUCCAUCGGGGGCUGCGGUCUGAGGGCUUGACAGAGAAGGACAUCUGUCCAGGAACAAACUCGAGAUCUUCGCGAUUCAUCGAUGCAAUCUUCUUCACUCAAGUCGUCAUCUGCCCCACUCGUGGCCUCGUCAACUUGACGUUCACCAAGAAUGUCAGUCAUAGACCAUGGGCCAUCGACAAAUUUGGGCAUGCGUUAGACUUCCCGAGGAGGCCCAACGGGAAGAUCAUUGCAGAGGUUUUGACAGAUGGAGACAUCGAAGCUCUCAAGUCUGCCAACAAGCAAGACACUUCUCCGCCUCUCCGCCUCGCUCACUCCUCCUCCGCAGAUACUCUGAGGUCUCAUCAGCGCCAACAGAGAGGGAGGAGGAGAGGAUAA